CCCGCCCUCCCUCCUCCUCCUCCGGAACGCGCGAGAUGAGCGGGAUUCUAUCCUUUUCGCCGAGGAUUUCUCGCGUUUCCGUUGGUGGCGCAUUUUUUCUUCUUCCUUAUCCGGUUUUGUGUUCAUCUUCCUCCGCGGCGGAACUCGGCCAUGGGGCGCCGGAUGCGCGGCGGCAUUCGAUUCAGGCCGUCGUGUUCUUCUCAGGCGAGGAGUUUGUUUGCGGUUUUAUUAGGUUUCGUCAGGGAAUUUCGGGCCCGGCGGGCGUGCGGCCGUGCGCAGGAGGGAGGGAAUGUGGAGAUCCGAGCCCGAUUUAUGAUCCCCGGAACCAGAAAUUGGCCAUCGAUGCUGGCGUAAAGGCGCCCGCUUUUCACCCCCAGUUCCUCCCGUCCCUUUCCGCUCCCGCGCCCGAGAAUUUAUUGCUCCGACGCGCGCCUGUCCCUGCCAGAUUCCCUGCCCUGGCCUGCGUACCCGGCCUCCGGAGCUCUCGAUUCCCGGAUUAAACCGGGGAACUCAGCCGCAUUCCGCGUGGAAAGCUCCGAGUUCUUGGUGUUUCUCCUCCUCUCCCCUCCGGAGAAGACUGCAGAGUGAGGACAGCUCCCCCUUUUCCUUUUGCUUUGCGCCUUCAGGGCUCGUUCCUCUGCUCCUCAGUUUUCUAAAUCCCCUACGUUACCUCUCCUUCAUCCACCACAGUUUUUGUUAGACACAUUUUGAACUCGACAGCUCGAGUUUUUAACUUCUCAACAUCCCAUGAAGUGUGCAAGCAAAGCCGAUCUCCUUUCCACCUUCUCUCUCUCAUGUGAGCUGUGAUUCCCCGAGCCCGUGCCUGCUAAAUCAUCUCUCAUCUGACGACGGCAAAAGCGCAGCCUUAAAAAGCCUCUCUCGCCGCCUGCAAAGAUUCCUUUGGAUGGUAAUCAUGGCCAUGAGUUGCUAAACCCGAUCCAAUGCACUCUGCAUCAUGUUACCCCCUGUUGGCUGCUGCUACACCUCCACUUUUCCAACUUGCCCCUCCUCUCCUGUUCCUGUCGCCAGGCACAGUCGUUUAUCGUUUCGUUCGACGCGCCAUUUUGCCAUCUUCUCUCGGUUUUAAACAAGAACAGGGCCGUCGACUGUGCUCUCCUUGCGCCCGUCUGGCCUACCAACGCCUGCGAAAAACCCAGCCUUAGCCAUGUGUGUGUCCAAGUUUUCCUGUGAGGACAGCAUCGCGCUACAGUAAUACCACCAGGCCUCCUCUUUAAGCCUCCCUCUUUAUGUCCCGUAGGUUCAAAUUUGAAGGCUUCAAAUGCCACUUAAGAGCCUCCCAAGACGCUCCGCUCUGCGUCAUUGCUUGCCCUGCUGGCUGUUUGUACCGGCGGCGGCUUAUAACGCUCUUGUUAUUUAGUUAGCUUGAUUGGGUGGCCUUGCGGAUCUCAGGUACAAUCAUGUGGCUGGUGAUGUUUCAUGUCCUCUGCGUCGUUUUGUUUAACUUCUUUGCCGUGACACAGUUUUUUCAGGAAUCCUAUAUCUUCGCUGAUGUUGUAAUGCUUGGAGGAAGUGUUUUUAGUGAGAACAAGGCGAUGAUCAACUUGUUCGAGCUGAGUACGGGGAUGGCCAGCACGAAGACACUCUCUGACAGAGCUCACAGAGAAGAUUCUCCAGUUCGUAGAGGCCCGACAGAUAUCAAGAGAACCGUUGAUCCUGCUAAAGUUUGUAUAGAGGAUAAACUGGAGACAAGUACUAGGAGUUCUUUAAGCAGCAAAUCAGAUGCAUCACCCAUGAAGAAGCUACUAGCAAACGAGAUAGCCAAAGAAGUGGAAUCAAAGAGGAAACCACCAAGUGUUGUUGCCAGGUUGAUGGGGCUUGAAGAUGAUCUACCUGCUCAAGAACAGGCAUUACAUUCUGCCAAAAGUAAUUUGAGGAGAAGUCAUUCACAUGAUAAGUAUGCAGCAACAAAGAAGGCCCUGCAGCAGCAAGAGCAGCGCCUCUACAACAAAACAACACGGGGCAACCACAUAGGCCCCAAGGAAACAGUAGAAUUUAAGGAUGUGCACGCAGUCUGCGAAGAACCACUAACAACACAUCAACUUCAGGAUCAAACUUCUUUAGGAGGGAGAUCUUCACAAAACAAGAGAGACAAAAGGAUAGAAGUUGUUCGACAAAAGUUCAUACAAGCAAAACGCCUUGCCACAGAUGAAAAUUUCCUUCAUUCAAAGGAGUUUCAAGAAGCCCUCGAGGUUCUAAGUUCAAACAAGGAUCUGUUUCUGAAGUUCCUUGAAGAACCAAGCUCUGUUUUCUCGAACCCGCUCUAUGGACAACACACAAUGCCUGCACCACCUCAGACAAAGUGCAUUACUGUCUUGAAACCAUUUAAAUCUGCUGAGAAUAAAGGGGCAAGAGAAAGCAGAACACACCGAGUUGAUGAAGAAAAUGACUUUGUAAUGGGAAAGUCUCACAAGAGAUCUCAUUCAGCAGAAGAUACCUUCUCGAAGCCAAACAGGAUAGUGGUCCUAAAGCCAAGUCCUGGGAAGCCUAACAGAGCACAUGCCAGGCUAACUCCCAGAUCAUCUCCAUUUGAACCGAUUCAGCGGACAGCCUUUCUUGGUGAUUUACAAGAUGGUACAUCCACCCUAGGAUGUACAGAAGUAUCGGGUGCUUCGGUUCAAUACCUGCCAGAAGAUCGGCGGCGGCGGGAUGAGUCUCUACUAUCCUCUGUAUACUCAAAUGGGUAUAAUGGAGAUGAGAGCUCUUUAAGCAGGUCGGAAGGUGAUAACAUUGAUGAUGGUGGUAGCUUAAGUGACUCGGAGGUAGUCAGUCCAGUGUCGCGUCAUUCAUGGGAUUAUAUCAAAAGAUAUAGCAGUACUUACUCAUCUUCAACUCAUAGCAGGGCAUCUCAUUCACAUUCAGCUGAGUCAUCUGUGAUCAAAGAAGCCAAAAGGCGACUUUCAGAGAGAUGGACAACGGUAGCAUGUGAUGAGAUCAGUCAAGAAGUAAAGUUGCCAAGGACCUCAAGAACUCUGGGUGACAUGCUCUCCAUCAGAGAAACUGAGAAAGAGGAAACUGUUGCUGUAAUAAACUCCGCUUCAAGUAGCCGGUCGUGUGGCACAAAAAAUGAGUUGGCCAUGCAAGCUAGUUCCGUAUCUACAUUAAGUGAGGAUGAAACCAGGGAGAGCUCUCCAAGAAAUUUAGCGAGAUCAAAAUCUCUCCCGGUGUCAGCAGCAAUGUUUGAUAACAUGGUGGUGUCUGCAAAUUCUCAAGGCUGUGAAACACCGAAGGUGGAUGCAAGGCAAGGUAAAGGAAAGUUAUCAUUCAAGGGGAAAGUAUCAAGUUUUUUCUUCCCUAGAAGUAAAAGGCUGGCAGAAGAGAAAACCACCCUCCCUUCUGAUAGCUUUGGUGAGAAGGUUCAAGUCACUUUUCUUGACGACAAGCGAUCAGAGACCAAUAGUGACCUUCAAUUUGAUGAGCAAAUAGCAUUUUGCAAUGACAAAGCUGACAAUUCCACCAUACCAACAAAUUGUUCUUUAAAUCAGGAUGUUGGCUCCAUGGAAGCACAUGUAUCUACUGACUGCCCAAGUGGAUAUAAUGAUGAACUAAGAUCAAACGCUGGCCUAAAAUCGAUGCGCGAUCAGCCUAGUCCUACUUCAGUUCCGGAUGCAUCACUUGAAGAUAGCAACACUAAUGAACCUGAAUCAUCAAGAAGUACCAGUGCCUGCAAUGAGAGAGUUGCCUUACGAUCUCGUGCAAUUGAGUCUGUUCCCCGCUCGUUAUCAUGGGAGGAAACAUACUCACAUUCGCCAUUACACACGCAUCAUCUGAAUUCCUCAAAUGCAGAGGAUAAUGAAUCAGAAUGUUAUGCCCUUGUAAAGAAGAUACUAUCAUCUGCUGGAUUAGGCAACCUACAAGUGAGUAUGGUUUUCACAGGUUGGCAUUCGGCUGAUUGCCCUCUUGAUCCCGCACUGUGUGACAAGUUCUUGGACCGCAAAGAGGAGGCUGCUAAAUCUAGGGAGCGUAGGUCGAACCAAAAGCUUCUCUUUGAUUGUGUAAACAUGGCAUUGGUUGAGACUGGCCAGGAAGCCUUGAUAAGAACCUACCCAUGGAGUAAAGCAUGCCUCGGAGCACGGAGCGAGGCAUUGUCACAAGAUAUAGGGGAAGAAGUAUGGAGCCAUGUAAGGGAUUGGCUCUACGGGGCGGAGAGGCUCGUGGCUAACGAGUAUGGUGAUGCUGCAACGAUGUUGGAAAGAAUCGUGCACCAAGAGGUGGAAGGAGGAGGCUGGAUGAAAUCAGUGAGGUCGGAACCGGAUGAGAUGACGAAACAGAUUGCAGAUGGUCUGUUGGUGGAGCUAGUCGGAGAAGCCAUGGCGGAUCUCACAGUUUGUUUUCCACAGCAAGAUCUCGCAAUGCCAAUGUCAAAUCUGUAGGAAGCAAAUGCUCUGUGUGUGACGCUGUUAUCAUAGGAGAAGUGGUCUUAAAUUAUUUGUUGUGCUGAGAGAAACCUUCAGCAUCUUCAUACUACUAGCUUGUAACCCAAGUCCACGUAGUAGUUGCUUCUGCAUAUACCUGUAGCGCGCCACACAUUGUACUACAGCUAUUUUGGUCAAACCAUGUCAAUUGUGCAGCUC